CCUUCUAUGUUUGUCAGCCUCAAUCCGAGAGAGGAGCUAGCCGCCAUUUUCUCCGCGUCUCUCCCUAAAACGAGAGAAAAAGCCAGUCGACAAACCGCCCUCUGGAUUACCUCUCGGCUGUCGGGAAUCGGACUUUUUGCUGGAGGAUUGUCCCGGAAUCUCUUACAUUUGAAGUAAACCGGGCUAUAAGGGACGGUUUGUCGGCCCUGUUGUGAUAUUUGGCGGUAGCGGCGAGGCAGCUAGCUGGAGGUGGAGAUCGGUGAUUCGCCCAUUGCUGAAUCCGGAACGAAGCCGAGCGAGCGGCUCCGAGCACCGGGCCCUCUCCGCUCUCCGGCCCGCAUUAUAUUCGGACUAAUUCAUGGCAGAGUGAUCGAAGGGAGCCUUUUUCUUUUUAUUUUUUUUUCACCCAAACUGCAGGGGAUUGUUGCCGAAAUUCCCUCGGAUAGUGCAACCUCGUCACGUGGCUGUCCUCAGGUGGGGCAGUAAGCGGGUGGUGUGGAGCAGGCCGCGGUGCCCGUCCCUCUGCACUGCAUGGCUGCGAUGGCGCCCGCUCUCACCGACGCCCCAGCCGAAGCUCACCACAUCCGCUUCAAACUGGCUGCCCCAUCCUCCAGUCUCUCACCAGCCAGUGCAGAGAACAACGGUAACGCCAGCAACAUCCUCAUCCACAGCAGCGGCCCCGCCAAGUGCAAGGCCAACCCCGAAGAGUGCCCCCUCGACUUCUGCGGCGCCGACCAGGACCAGCAGCAGCAGCAGCCCCAAGCCGACUCCGUUUCCCAGGCUUCGGCCCUGGGCAAACUGCAGCCACUGGUGGCUUCUUACUUGUGCUCUGAUGUGACACCUGUCCCUUCAACUAAGGAGUCAAUCAAGCUGCAAGGAGUCCUCAUCAAACAGUCUGUGUUGAAGAGCCACAGAAUACUGCCCAGCUCCCUGCUCAACGGCGGAGGGGACUUCCUCCUAAGGAAGAGGCAGGCGAUUGAACUCUCUGGCGGUCAGCUCAAAAGUCUCAUGAGUGGCGGCACCAACGGCAGUGGCCAGCCCAUGGCGCCAGUCAACGGGCUGGCCAAGAAGCUGGCCACCAUGUCCGGCUCGGGCUGCGUGGUUGCAGUGAACGGCGACAAGCCCCCAGCUGCGACGGACCCUCAGAACCAAACUCCACCUUUAGACACUGACACCUUGACAGCCACUUUAUCGGGACACAUCCCGGUAAAAGGAACCCUGAAACAGAAACAUUCCCCUGAGGUUUCGGAAAGUACAGAUGUAAAAAAUCUUGAACUCCAAGUGCUCGAGUCUGCUGCACCUUCCCCCUUUGCCCACGACAACCCCGACCCCACCGAACAGGCCACCUUGGAAGAGGCUGAUUCACACAUGCCUACCGCCCAGCCGCAGGGUCCCGACAGCGAGGCGCCCAGCAGCAGCCAGCAGGGUACCCCGCCUUGCACACCUGAACAUCAGCUCCCCCUACCCUGCACAUCCUCGGACAGCCUUGAUGCUCACGUCAGAGAGCGGACCCUCCUCAGCAGCAGCCGCCAGGUUGAGAUCGAAAGCCGGCUACGGCGCCUGCGCAAACGUCUUCAGGUGGUCCAGGCCAAGCAGGUGGAGCGGCACAUUCACCAGCAGCUGGGCGGCUUCUUGGACUUGGCUCUCAGCCGGUUAAUCGCCAGUAAUCGCAAAUCGGAGGCGGUGACCCCCACGGCGACGUGGAGGAGCGGACGCCACUCCUCGUCGAACAACAGAGACGGCCUCGGACGUUUCCUGAAAAGUGGCUCCAUGCCCUUGGAACUAGAGAGGCUGUACUUGAGCGGAUCGGCAAACCUUCACUCAGCAGAAAGCGCCUUUGACUCUGACGUAACAGAAAGCAGCUCUGGAGGCGACUCCGACCUGGAGGAGGACGAGCUGUCCAGAGUAGACAUUGAGCAGAGACACGUCAAAAUAUGGAAGCGGGCGGAGAGCCGCUACACGGUGGAGCGAGCUGCCAUCAUCAGCCACUGGAACUGGCUCCAGGCCCACAUCUCGGACUUGGAGUACCGCAUCCGACAGCAGACCGACAUCUGCAGACAGAUCCGCGUCAGCAAGGGUUCUGUGGAGCUGGGCGGCGUUGCUCCCAGUGCUGAAGUGAAGAUGGAACCUGUCAGUACUCAGGAUGUGGUGUGUGAACGGCUGGAGCAUGCAGGCGCCGCCCUCCUCAGCGCCGCGGAGCCCGGCCCCUGGAAAGGUCAAAACGGGCAGCCGGUUAACGGCGUGCUCAGCAGGAUGGCAGACAGUACAGACACAAAGCACCAGCAGCCGGCGGCCUUCGACAACACGUGCGUGGCCGCUCGCACACGCCCGCUCGUCAGCUGCCGGCGACGGCGGCUCAUUCAGCCCAACACUGUGCCCAACCUCAACGGCAAGGCUCAGAGGAGCAGCUGUUUGCAGUGUCACUGCAGGGUCAACCCCAGCUGUGUGAUGUGCGGUGGCUGGCCCACCCCCAGAGAGGACCCCCAGUACGAGCUGCCCACCCUGGAGCGCCUGUCAAGGCUGGAUCUUGGCGUCCACCCCAUCCUCUCCUUCCCCGACGACGUCUGUAUAGGUCUGCGUCUGCAGCAGGUCAUGAAGGGCCAGUGGCAGACCAAGUCCCUGGAGAGGAGCAAACCACUGAAGAAGCUCUCGCUCAAACACAAGCUGUCCUCGUCCAAAGAGAAGCACAAGUUCACCAACUCGCUCAUGGCAGUCAGACUGGGUCACUAUAAAAACCGCUCGGAGAAGCCGCGGCCGGUGGACAGCGGCGUGGCCGCCGCCGCCGGCAGCAGCAGCUCGGUGCUGAACUCGGCCCGGCUGGAGGGUCCGGCCGUCUGCAAGACGGAGCGGCUGCAGGGCCUCGCCGGCUCCCUGGGGCCCUACGACAAGAACUACAGCCGCAAGAGAUUAAGAGAGCACUCGCUGGACCGGGCCGACUCGUCCCCGAAGCUCUUCCUGGACUCCAGCAGCUCCUGUCCCGCCCUGGCCAGCAUGUCCCUCCACAGCCCGCUCAGCCGCCAGCUGUCCACGUCCUCCGAGAGCUCCGCGCCGCUGGGCCCCGGCAGCCAGAGCGUCCCCAACACCCCCCAGCAGCCCAUCAAGCGGCGGCGAGGCGAGAGCUCCUUCGACAUCAACAACAUCGUGAUCCCCAUGUCCGUGGCCGCCACCACCCGGGUGGAGAAGCUGCAGUACAAGGAGAUCCUGACACCCAGCUGGAGGUCUGUGGAUAUUUUCUCCCAGCCCAUCACCGAGGAGGAGGACGAACGAGAGUUGGAGGACUUGACGGAUGCCGCCUUCAUCCAGCUCCAUCAGCCCUACGAGGACCAGGAGCGCUCCCGCUGGACCUGGAUGGCUCUGGCUCCGGCUAAGAGGAGAGGCAGCAGGUCCUACAAGUCGGUGGACGGACGGACCACGCCGCUCCUGUGUGGGACCAACCCCCCCACCCCCCAGCCGGCGUCGCCCGACCCGGGCCACUGCCCCCUCCUGCACGACUACAGCCACGUGCCGUCGCCCAUGAGCCCCGCCAGCCCCGACACGGCGUCCAACCCGCACACGCCGUGCUCCCGGGACUCGCACCGGCUGCUGUCCAGCGAGGACACGCGCUGCUCCACGCCGGACUUCACCUUCGAGGAGCGGACGGUGGCACCGUGGGAGCGCCGCGGCUUCCCGCUGCCGGAGGACCCGGCGCCGGAGCCCGAGGCCGACGGCGAGCUCCAGAACCGGCCCCGGAUCAGAACCAUCUCCGGCUGCAGGUCCACGUUCAGCCGGCUGGACUCGGACUCCGAGCUGCCGUGUGACGACGACGGCAGCGGCGGCAGCAGCAGUGCCCCCAAACACAGAGCGGCCCUCCCUUCAUCCUCCUCCUCCUCCUCACACCGGUGAACCGCCGGAGGCUCCGCCCCCUCCUCCACCACCACCUCCACACACCGCUCCUCUCUGGCAUUAACAAGCAGAACCUCAGCGCAGAAUAAAGAUGUUAAAUGGGUUCCUGUUGUUUGAUAUUCAAACAUCAGUCUAAUACUUUCACAGUUUUUAGUGAACAUUAUGGAGUUAGAAGCCUUUCCUGACACUUGUUUUUGUCACAGGUUAAAAAAAAAAAAGUUAAAAAAGAUAAAUGUAAGAAAAAAAAACUGUAAAACAACAAAAAAAAAAAGCAUAAAACAACACAUUUACAAAAAGGAUUUCUGUAGUAGGCUAAACAAUGUACAUGGGGGCUUAGUGGUGUUUGAUAUGUGGCGUGUACACUUGUAGCGCACUAUGUAGCGGACUCCUCAACAUACGGCCAAAGGGUGUUUUCUAUUGACUAGUUUGCUUGUAAUUCCCAUGUACAUUUUUAGUGGAGUGACAAAUAACAAAACAAGAAAAAAUCCCCCCUCCCUCCUCCUCCUCCUGCUCCCCCCCCCCCUGAAAUAAACAGGUACAUUUAGGAUGUGGUUCCUCCUCCUGCCACUAGAGGGCGCCUGGAAUCAGAGCGCCUCUACGACUGCCAAGUUCCUCCUGUCCGUCUCAGUUGGUUUCCAUUCCUGACGCUUGGUUCCUGUUCUGCUCCGCCCCGUUCAGUGUGACUCACUUCAUGUGGUUUUUCAGUUGUUUUGACAGUAAAUCAUUCCUCCUCUUCCUCCUCCUCCUCCUCUUCCUCGUGGUUUUGGUUCGUUCUGUUUUCCACAAAGUGCUGCUGCAUGCUGACAGACGUGGAGUCGUCUCACCGCAGCACUUCACCCAGCUCAACAUGAAAAGAGGGGGGGGGAAAGCUGAUGUCACUUCCUGUCGUAGCCCCGCCCCUUCCUGUUCAGAUGUAGCAGCUCUCAGCUAGAAGCCGCCGCGAGCUCAGGUUCACCCGAGGAGUCCUGCUCUUCACCCCCCCCAACACACACACCCCGGGUUGUUUGUGCCCCGCCCCCUCAUGACUCCGCCCCUGACUCCUCCCCCUCCACCUUAAGUAACUAAUUGCUAUGCAAAAAAAGUCUGGUUGUUUUGGUUUCACCUCGGACAGCCGUUCAGCCACUUCUUCUUUCUUUGGUCUUUUUCUUUCUAGUUAAGCGAGAUGUCGAUGUACCUGUUCGAUCGUUGCCGCAGUUAACCGAAUCAGAUGUUGUUUUUUCUUUGUUUUCUUCUUUUUGUAAAUAGUACCAUUAAAACAUUUAUGUUUAACUUGGA